AAGACACAAACUCACAUAUAAAUCACAGUCUAUGAUCACAGAAAAACAGAACAGAAUGGAGGGGAAGAUGAAAGAGAUAGAGAUGAAAAAGAUGGGUUUACACAAAGCCCUUCUGUCUCUCUUGGCUGAAUGGAAAGAUUUACAAGCCCUUCUGGACUUUUCGACUCAAAACCCUUGUAGUAAAAUCUUGCAAAAUGAGGCCCCCGAGAGAGAUAAGCUUAAGGAGAUUGAUUUGAAUGAUGGGCCUCGUGGGGAUUUAGCUCAGGUUCUUGAAACAGAGGGUGAGAAGCUGGUGGGGUCUAAUGAAGGGUUGUGGGAUCAGAAGAUGAGGGAGAUUAAGGGGAAGAUGAGAGAGAUGGAGUUUACUAAGGGGUUUAUUGAAGAACGUGCCAAGGAGCUGGAGUUGAGAGAGAGGAAGAUUGAAGAUGGGUUUAAAUUUUUGGAGGUGAAGAAGAUGGAAAUCGCUGAGAUGAGUGAAAAAGUUGAUGCUAAAUUGGAAGAAAUUGAGGAGCAGAAGUUCAAACUAAAAGAAAGGAGGGAAAAAUUGGAUUCUAGUGAAAAGGAAGUAAAAAGAGUUCAAGUUUUAUGUGAACAAAGAUUUGAGGAGAUCGUGGGUAAAGUGAGAGAAGUGGAUGCUAGCAGAAAAUAUAUAGAAACUUAUGCAAAGGAGCUGGAGUUGAAGAAGACGGAACUUGAUAAUGGGUUUAAAGAAUUGGAGUUAAAGAAUAUGGAAUUUACUCAAAAGACUAACAAAUUUGCUGCUAUUAAUUUUUCAAAUGCAGAAGAAUAUGCGAAGGAGCUGGAGCUGAAACAAAAGGAACUUGAGAAUGGGUUUAAAGAAUUGGAGUCAAAGAAGAUGGAAUUUGCUCAAAAGACUAGCAAAUUUGCUGCUAUUAAUUUUUCAAAUGCAGAAGAAUAUGCCAAGGAGCCGGAAUUGAAACAAAGGGAACUUGAUAAUGGGUUUAGAAGAUUGAGGUCAAAUAAGAUGGUAUCUACUCAAAGGACUGACAAUUUUGCCGCUAUUAAAUUCUCAAAUGCAGAUAUUAACAUGAAUCAAACUAAAAGAAAAAGGUCUUCGUAUGAUCUAAGAUGUAGAGCUCCAGCGAGAACUGAAGUUCCUGCACCUCAAGUGUGUCAGACUGUAAUAAUCAGAAAUUCAGACAGCAAUAAAGAGACAUUCUGGACGUGUUGCACCUCUUGCAAAUUCAAGUUCAUGUAUCACAGAAAUUUUGUGAACAAAAUUUUGAGGUGCAGAAAAUGCUCAAAGAACUUUACUGGCUAUGAACUAGAUGCGGAAAGUAUACCCUCAGCAGCUAAUAUACACUCAAUAAAGCAGAUGGAACUCUCUGCAAAGACUAAUAAAAUCGCUGAUUUCAACAUGAAUCAAAUCAAUGAUUCUGAAUCUAAUCAUAACCGGGGUAUCGUCCCAAAAGCAGAGUCUGUUGAUUGUCCAUAUCCAGAAUUCAGUGAUUUUGACAAACAAAAAGAUGAAAAUUGUUUUUCUGUAGAUCAAAUUUGGGCUUGUUAUGAUUCACUCGAUGUAAUGCCUAUAUUGUAUGGACACAUUAGGAAGGUGUUUUCACCUGACUUUAAGCUACAAGUAACUUUCUUAAAGGCUGAUCCAGAGGAGCAAAACAAGAUCAACUGGGUAAAGGCGGGAUUACCUAUGGUUUGUGGAAAAUUCAUUCAUGACGACACUAUUGAAACUUCAAAACGCCUUAUGUUUUCUCAUCAGAUGCAUAUCAAAAAAGGCAGUGAUGACGGCACCUACUUGAUCUAUCCUCGGAAAGGGGAGACUUGGGCCUUGUUCAAGGACUGGAAUAUCGGAUGGAGUUCAGACCCCUCGAAUCAUAGAACUUUUAAAUAUGUCAUGGUGGAGAUUCUUUCAGAUUUCAAGCAAGAAACUGGUGUAGAAAUUUGUUACUUGGCCAAAGUGAAAGGGUUUGUAAGCGUGUUUAGGCGAGUCGCCAAGGACGGGAUUGUCACAUUUCCCAUACCAUCCAGUGAAAUGCUUAGAUUUGCGUAUAAUGUACCCUCAACUAAAUUAACCGGUGCUGAAAGAGAAGGUGUCCCCGCAGGAGCAUUCGAGCUGGAUCCUGCUUCGCUGCCUACGGACCCUAACAAGCUUUGUCAACCUGAGGACAGGGAAGCAGAUACUUGAAGCAUCAAGUGGAAAGGGAUUUGUUUAUGCACUGUCAUGCAUCCUUGUGGUCAAGAAUAUCGCAAAAUCUCCUGAGUGGACAGAGUUUGGUAGCUCAGUUAAAUUUGUCGCAAGUGUUUUAUUUCUUCUUUUAUAUGUAGAAUAUUCUAAACUUUUGUAUGGUCAAUCUCGUAAUCUGGUUGGUUUGCGUAGACUAUCAUGCGUAGAGGUUCUUGUGGCUAUGGCAUUGUAUGGUAUCUUGAGACGCUGUGUUUAUGAUAGACUCCAGACCUUGCUUGA